AUGGAAUCUACUAAUUUUAUCAUUAUUGACAACAGAAGUGAGGACAAGCCUAUUAGUUCAUCAUGUGACAGUAUUAUAGAUAAAAAUGGAAAUACAAUUUUUAAAUCAUAUCACCUUUUGUAUAAGCUAACCCACAAGCACAUUUACAAGUAUAAGAGAAUAUCGACUAUCAGUACAGAUGUCAUAUACGACGAGAAUUGGAACCCAUAUAUUCCCCUUUAUCAUUACUAUUAUGAUGAUGUGAGUUCUCAUUGUAAUCAACAAAGGGGAGAAAUCACACCCGUGGAGGGAGAGGUGAUCUCAGAUGUGCCGGGAGAAGUGAUAUCAGGUGUGCAGGGAGAAGUGAUCUCAGGUGUGCAGGGAGAGGAAGAGGCAGACGAAUGGUUGGAUAUGGACGAAGUUACAUAUAACCAAAAGUGUGAGAAACAGAAAUGCUUAAAAUACAGUUUAUACGAAAUGUUACUUCUGCGAUUUUUGGAAGUAAAACAAAAUAUGCAUGGAAAUGAUUCCAAUGAAAUUCUAAAUGAAUACUGUUUCAUUAAGGAAAAUAAGAAUAACAAAUCUGUACCUAAUAAAUUUAUUCGAGACAGAUAUGCACAAAAUAAUGGAAUGUAUAUGAUGAACCAGAGUUAUGCCAAUAAUUAUGGAAACCAAGCUAAUCUUGCAAAUUUUGUGAAUCUUUCGAAUUUUGUUAAUACGGCCAUGAAUCCUAACAAUAUCUUAACUAAUCAAGUGAAAAUAAGAACAUCCUUUAAUGAUGAUCACUACAAGAAUAAUAAACAUCUCACGGGUUACACCUCUAACAAUUUGGUAAAUAAUUUUAAUAUUAGACCAUUUAAAAAUGUAGACAACAAUUCUUAUAACUUACCCGAUAAUAAUUUGUACAUUGAUAAUGAGGGGAAGAUGCAUCUAACUGGCCAAGAAUUUUAUAAGACAAACAAUUUUCACAACAAAAUUGGAAUUACUAACAAGUAUGAUAAGGAUAAUAAGAGGUCUUUAUAUUUUACAAAUGGUGUAAGCGAUUCAGUACGUGCCCGAGAUCACUCCAUGUCAUAUGAAGAUUCGAUGCCAUAUGAACAUUCGACGCCAUAUGAUCAUUCGACACCAUAUGAUCAUUUGAAACCACAGAUGUAUGGAGAGAAAAAAAAAUACACACCAAACGAAGCGGAUCGAUACUGGGAUCAUCCCAAGGGAAGCAACAAUGACAUAUUCACAUUAGGUGAUAUUAAAAAAUUUUGGAAGCAUAACGAAAAAAUAAAAAACACAAAAUUUUCAGACCCUAAUAAUUAUAGCAUAUUUAAAGACAAUGAUGAAGAGGAGAAUCUGACAAAAAGUAACUUUGCCAAAUGGUUCAAAAACAGUCAAGGGAAUAACCGAGAAGAUCCUGUUGACAUACUUACGUACUUGAACGGGAAUGGCAAUAGUAGUGGCAAUAACAACAGCAGUGGCAAUAACAACAGCAAUGGCAAUAAUAAGAAUGGUGUGGAAGGCAUAGAUGUAGAAAGCUCCCUGAGGCACCUCGGGUCCACAGCAAGAACCCGUAGAUAUUACGAGGGAGGUCCCACAGGAGGAGAUAACAAUUAUAGCUAUGUUGGAGAUAUGAAUGGCAUUAACAACAUUGUUGAAGGAAUUUCCAAGUGGGGAAAUAAUUCAAAUGCGGAUGAUGUUGCCCUUGGCUCAGAACCCACGGGAUCUAUGCAAACUGAGCAGCCAGAGAUAAGCAGCACCAUAGCAGAGUUGUUAAUGAAACAAAUUUCCAUCUUAAAAAAACGCACAGAUGUAGACUACGGGGAAAACAGAAUCCAUUUAGACUCCUUCGACAACACAUGGCAUGGCAACAACAGUAACAUUGCUGUUGGCAAUAUUAACACUUUAUCAAAUUUAAACCAGAUUGGAAGUGCUAACCAGAUUGGAAGUACGAACCAGAUUGGAAGUGCUAACCAGAUUGGAAGUGCUAACCAGAUUGGAAGUGCUAACCAGAUUGGAAGUGCUAACCAGAUUGGAAGUACGAAUCAUAUGGAGGGUGGGGUAUACAAAGAAGCGCAUUCAAGAGAUGGAGAAAAAGGACUUAUGGACAUUUUUCGAGCGACACAAUUGAACAGAAUAAUUAAUGAAUCGUUCCCACAACAGAAUCAGAAUCAGAAUCGCACAAAUCGCAUGAACAAUGGGAACAUGGUAAACGUUGCAAAUUUGGCUAGUUUGUCCAACGCAUCGACGAACAUGACGAACAUUGCAAACAUGGUUAACCUAGCGAAUCUUACAAAUGUAGUAAACAAUGAAUAUUAUGCUAGAACACAUCAGAAGAAGCAUCAUCCAAAUGAAAACAAUUUGACCUUUAAUAACGAUCCUGUAGAAGACAUAUAUCUAAAUGAUGGAUUCAAUAAUAACUUGAAUAAUGUCGAUGGUCUUAUCAUCAAUAAGAGAUCUUCUCCUCAUCCCUUUUUUUUGAAUCCAGGGAGCAAUGUGAAAAACAAUACAGGAGGAAACAUUAACAAUGACAAAAAGAAUUACAAUGUUGAAAAUUACACCACUAUGAAUAGCAGUAAAAUAGAUGUAUUUAAAAAUCAAAGUAAUACACAUGAUAAUAAUAUAAACAUUACUCCAAUAAUAAAUUCUUUACUACGUCUAGACAGUGGUCAUCAUUCACAAACGGACACAAAUAUGGCAUUCCAUCUUCAUGAUAAUUCUAUACAAGAAAAUAUUCAAAAUGCAAAAGUUAAUAAUGUAUUAGAUUCCUUAAAAUCAUUAUUGAAAGCUUCAAGAAAUGGAUCACAAGAAUCGAUUAUGGCUACUAACCCUAUUACAGGCCUCAUAAGGGGAGGAGGAGGAGGAGGAGGUGUUGGAGUACAUGAGAUCAAUAAUGGAAACAAUAAAAAUUUCACAACAGUAAAGAAUUUCCAUCAAACUCAAAACAACAAGAACGUCAAUUACCAUCUUCAACAAAUGUACUCCACACAACACCCGCAGCAUCAUAUGCAACAUCAGGCGAUACAUCACAGAACCCUACACAUGAACGAAUUUAACAGGAAAAAAUUUUAUCAAAAGGAAAAUAACAAAUACAAUUCCAAGCGUCCGGAGGUGGGAUAUCACAACCAAUGA